AUGUCUUUAGCCUCCAAAAUCAUUGCUAAAGCAGAAGAAGCUUUAAGAUUCAAAACUGCAUAUUUGUUACAUGUUGUCAAACCUCCGAUAGUUGUUCAUGACCAAGGUGUUAAUUUUCAUUUCAAAGAGUAUGAUGUUAAGUUAUUAACUUCGAUUUCAAAACCACCGCAAAAAUAUGCAAUUGAUCCACUUCUUCCACCAUACGAGCCACAUCUUUUUGUGGCAAGGCUCUCAACAAUGGACGUAAUUAUUAAUAAAUUCAUGCAUCAACCUGGCCACGUCGUUUUAACUGCUACAAAUCCAACAUGUGCACAAGGCAAUCCAUUAUUACCCGGAAAUUUCGAUGAUAUGGCCGAAGUACUGAAUUCUUUUGGUAAGGGCAUUACAUAUUACAAUUCAGGCAUUGAUAGUGGCUGCACUCAACUUCAUAAGCAUGCACAAUAUACUCCUCUUGAAGAAACACCAAUUUUAACAGCAAUUAAGAACGGAAUUAAACUUCCUUUUGAAUGCCGCUGGGAAAAGAUGGAUAAGAUCACUGGACAAACUAUUAAUGAUGUCUACCAUCAAUUAGUUAAAAAUUUACCAACAAAAGAUUAUAAUUUUAUUGUACGCAAAGACAUGGCCGCUCUUUUCCCUAGAACAAUGGCCCGCCACCCAACGGGCGUUGUUGUCAACUCCCUUGGUAUGUGCGGAGUAUUUUCUGUUUGGCAUGAUAGCAAUAAAUAUAUUAAAGAGCAUCCAAUGCAAAUCCUUACGGACCUUUCUGUUAGUGUUAAGAAUGAAUAA